GCACCUGGGCUCCCGGGGUUUAAGCCUCCGGGCCGGCCCGCGCUGCUCCAGGAUGUUCGCUUCGGGCUCCUUGGAAUCGCCGCCGGGCGGUUCUUCCCGCUGGGGCGAUGGUGGGUGGCAGCGAUCGGCGUUCGCUUGGACUGCGGGAGCCACGGCGGUGCUGGCCGGGCUGGGACUGGUGCGGCGGGCGGAGAUGAAGGAGCAGCCUCGGCGGCAGCAGCAGCAGCAGCAAUUAACACCGGAAAAGCCGUGGGGAAAGGAGGACGAGGAAGAUCUGGCAAGGCUGUGCGAGAGCUUCAUGGCUCCUCCGGUGAGCGGAUUGCGAGAGCUGCGCGACCGGCGCGGAGACAUGCGAAGUCGCAUGGAGCUUCUCAUCAUGGAGACGCAGAGCCAGGUGUGCAAGGCGCUGGCCCAGGUCGACCGCGGCGCCGCUUUCACCGUGGACCGCUGGGAAAGGAAGGAAGGUGGCGGAGGUAUCAGCUGUGUACUUCAAGAUGGUGAAAUCUUUGAGAAGGCUGGUGUCAAUGUUUCAGUUGUUUUUGGACAUCUUUCUGAAGAAGCAGCUCAGCAGAUGAGAAGCAGGGGGAAAACUCUGAAGACCAAAAGUGGAAAAUUGCCCUUUUGUGCUAUGGGAGUGAGUUCUGUCAUUCAUCCAAAGAAUCCUUACAUUCCCACUAUACACUUCAAUUACAGAUACUUUGAAAUUGAAGAUGGAGAUGGUACUAAACAAUGGUGGUUUGGUGGUGGAACAGACCUUACGCCAACUUAUUUGAAUGAAGAAGAUGCUAUUCAUUUUCAUAAAACUCUGAAGGACGCCUGUGAUCAGCACAAUCCUGAGCUAUAUCCCAAGUUCAAGAAAUGGUGUGAUGAAUAUUUUUUCAUCAAGCAUCGUGGAGAACGGCGGGGAAUAGGAGGCAUCUUCUUUGAUGACUUGGACUCUCCUUCAAAAGAAGAAGUUUUUCAGUUUGUGCAGAGUUGCACCAAAGCUAUUGUGCCUUGUUACGUUCCCAUUGUGAAAAAACACUCACAGGACAAGUUCUCACCAAAAGAAAAAUUAUGGCAGCAGAUCCGUAGGGGGAGGUAUGUGGAAUUCAAUCUUGUGUAUGAUAGAGGCACAAAGUUUGGCCUUGCAACACCAGGGUCAAGAAUUGAAAGUAUUCUUAUGUCUCUGCCACUCACUGCCAGAUGGGAAUAUAUGCAUUCACCGCCAGAGAAUUCCAAGGAAGCAGAAAUCCUAGAAGUUUUGCGCCAUCCCAAAGACUGGGCACAGUGAACAGAAUGCUGAGCAUGUUCAGCGAUGAGGAAAGGACUUGUUCUGCUGCCCACUCCUAAAUCCACCUGUCACUGCAUGGCAGCUAAUGAAUGUUUAUCUAUUCUCUCACCUCAUGCCUUAGGAAUAGUAUUAGAUUGUAUCCUGUGUGAAUGUUCUCUUAGAAUCCACCUAUUGCUUCUUUGUAGAGUCUUGAACAUUUGUAUAACUGUAAAGAUCUGGUAAGGCGAGAGGACACGCACUGAAUAACAGACUGUAGUGAAGUGCUGCAAGUUACUGAGAUGUAGACUACAUGUCCCUCUUUCAGGAACUUAAACACAUUUUCUUACUUUUCACUAAAGAAACAAUUGUCGACAGACUCAGUUCAGCCUUCCGUUGCCUGCGGUCUUUCUGACUUCUUGCCAACCAGUUUCCAGUAGAAUGAUUUUUGUAAUUUAAACUGAAAUGUUAGUCCAUUUGACUUGUGAACAUCUAUUAAAUUGCAAAAAAAAAUUGUCUGUAUUGGCUACUAUCAGUUAUGGUGGAACAAGUGGAUAAAUUAUCUUAGUAGCACAGUUCUUGACUGCAGAUGAAAUGCAGCCCAGCCUUUUUAUCAGAGUCGCAAGGUCCUGGUUUUGCAUUUGUACAGCACCUGGCACAGAGUUUUUAAUGUAACAAAUUACAUUUCUGUAGAUAAUUUUGAUAAAUGUAGAUUCAUAAAAGUGUAAGUCCAUAAUGUUUGAAUAGUUGAACACACUGGCAUUUAAAUUCAGGAAGAGCAUAAGGUGGUAUUGUACCUCAGGUUACCAAUAUUUUUCUCAUACUCUCUUGAAAUACGUUUCUCAGCAAGCAUGUUUGGGAGAAGGUAACAGUCCUAUACCAAGCUAAUAAUCAAUUCUAUAUGAAGUAUCUGCAUGUACGUGCACAAACAUACAAUCUUUGCUGAGACAGUCAUAGGGCUGUCUUUCCUUCAGUAAACUAUGUACUGGAAUAGUCCAAAUUAAAGUUUUAAGAAUUAAGUAAUGGGAAGGACAGAAAGAAACAAGCUUCUGAGGAACAGAGAUAUCUGAUGCUUAAUUUUGGCUAACUUUUUACAUUUUUGUCAACAGAGAGUUAAAUUCCCAGCUAAUCCCAUAAAUGUUUUUUUUUUUUAAACCACGUCAAUAAAAAGGAUUUGCAGGAGUACUGGAUGGAAUUGCAAACUGCUAUAUAUUAACAAUGGUUUAGAGAAAUGUUUAGAGAAACUCACAUCACAGCUGGAGUAACCAGAUUACUUCUCAGCAAGCCGCCUGGGUUCAGCCUGGUCUGCUUCUAAGGAGAUAAUGGGCUGCAUUAAAAUGAGGAAAUGAAGAUGUUCCUGCUUCUGAAAGAUAUCUUUGAAUCUAAACCAAUGUGCUUAAGCUUAAAUUCAACUUUUGAAUAUUGGCAAAGAAUAAUAAAAGUGAAGAACAACUUUUUCAUACUAUUUCUUCAUUAUUUGUGUGCAUCUUUAAACUUUCCUCAGUGUUUAUUGGUGCAGAAAAUAGAAAUCUAGGACUACGGUACAGACAAACAGGCAUUUCAAGCUGUUGCAAACAAUGCUUUAAUAUGAUUAGUAAAUUCCCAAUUAGUGUGCUAAAGAUGUUCCUUACUGUGGACUCCUUGGUGGUUUUCUCGCAGACAUUUCAUUACCAAAUUAGAUACAGUAACAUCACUGCUGGGCAUCAGUGCACUGAUGAUGUUAUCUAGUUUGGUAACGAAAUGUCCAAAAGAAAACCAUCUAGCUCAGAGAGCACCAGGGCCCCUCAGUUCAAAUCUGAGCUACAAAUAUUCUCUUUGAUCAGAUGUUCCUUAGUUUGACAUGCUUUUUCUAUCAUCAUCUUCCUAAGAGUGCUGUUAAAUAAAUAUGCAGGAGGCAUUAACAUGAUUACUUUUAAAAUUUUAGACCUCUGAUUUGCAGCAGCAUUUUAAAAAGUGUUUCCAUUUUGAAAAAGAAAAAGAUGGUCUCAAUUUUUGUUUUUAAUUUUGUGUCAAGAGUUUUACAAAAUCGAAAAUAUUUUCUGUACUGUCACAAUAUGUUAUUGAUACGUUAUUUUUGAUAGUGGGAUCUUUAUUUUUUCUGUAUUGUAAAACCAAAACUGAAUAAAAGAUUUGGAUCUACAAA